CUCAGCUCCAGGUGGCAGGACCCUCGGGGCCCGUGUCCGUGGCCCUGGGGGAGGACGUGGUGCUGCCCUGCCACGUCUCCCCCGCGCAGAGCCCCGGGGACACGGAGGUGACCUGGUUCCGGGAACACUUCUCGCCCUUCGUGCACCGCCACAGGGGGGGUCAGGACCUCUAUGGGGAGCAGAUGCUGCACUACCAGGGGCGCACCAAGCUGCUGAAGGACGACCCGACCAGGGGCAGCGUGGCCUUGAAAAUCUUCCGUGCCCAGCUGUCUGACAGAGGGAACUACACCUGCUUCGUCCGCCGCCACACCCAGUACGACGAGGCCGUGGUGGAGCUGAGGGUCACAGCCAGCGGCUCCGCCCCGCUCAUCCUGCUGGAGCA